GCAAUAAUUUAACUAUUAAACAUCAAAGAAAUAAGGUAUUUACCGAAUCACUCAUUUUAAACUUGUUAUUUGAUGAUGAUAACAAAAGAGGCUUCUACACUUUGUCCUCCCUCCUACAAGCACAACGAAAAACAAAUUUUAAUGAACAUAUAAUAUAUUUCUAGUGAAUUUCAUCAAAGUUUGUCUAACAAUUCACAAAAAUCCAUCUAAAAAAUCACAAAAACCGGCCCCAAGCAUGUGUAAAACAUGACUCGACCAUCGACAAGGCAGAAAACAAAAAAGACCCGCCAAUGGUUCAAACGUGCUGCGCAGGUGCCUCUACCAGUUAGCGGGCAUGUUCUUUACGGGAUUACGCCGUAUGCCAAACGGGGUGUCUACCCGCCUCGUCCAUGGAAAGACAUGUGGCCGAAAGGGUUUGACGGCGGGACGGGCAGGUCGAUUACAAGCCUCUCCAUCAGCGCGGACAUAAAGUCUUCCCACCUGUCCACUGACGCGGGCAUGUUGUCUACCCGCCUGUCUGAUGGAUCAAGCAUGUGAAUUACAUGCUCAGCGAGAGGAACGGACAAGCUGUCUACCCGUUUCCUCCAUGGAGAGACGUAUUUUCAACCUGCCUCUCCGGCGGCGCGCACACAAUUUCAACCCGUUUGUUCUCGUAAAACCAGAAAAAGAAGAAUAAUAAUGUAGCAUACCUUUGUUUGACUACUUGACAGCUGAGUGUGCCUUUGGCUCCGAUGGUCUAGCCGAAUUCAAAUAAAACUCACCAAUAAAGAAGAGAGUAGUUGAGAAUUGUUGUGGUGUGGGAUUUGAUUAGUUUUUUAUUUGAAGUUUCCACUCUUUGUCUCUACAAAGAGUGGAAAAGUGUAGGACCAUUAUGUCCUACUACAAUAUAUGAGUUUUAAACCCUCAAACCCACCCAAGGGCAUUUUGGUCAUUUUACAUAUCUUAGGGCGAUAAAUUUAAAUAAUUAGG